UGAUCAUCCCCAAUCAGCUUUGUGCUGGGACUAAAUUGUGGUUAGGACAUUGAACUGAUUGUUGAUUGGGAGCUCAAGAGAACCAUCAAAUGGAAUUGUAUUACAGUAGUCCCUCACUCUUGCUGCUUAUUUUUUUUAGUUUAGUUUAGAGAAACAGCAUGGAAACAGGCCUUUCGACCCACCAAGUCCAUGCUGGCCAUCAAUCACCCGCACCUAGUUUAAUUUAGUUUCAUUUAUUUUAGUUUAUUGUCACUUGUACCGAGGUUUAUUGGUGCUUGCUAUCCAGUCAGUGAAAAAAACUAUACAUGUUUACUCUCAAGCCACUCACAGUGUACAGGUUCAGCAGAAAGGGAAUAACGUUUAGUGCAAGAUGAAGUCCAGUAAAGUCCGAUAAAAGAUAGACUGACGGUCUCCAGUGAGGUAGAUGGUAGGUCAGGACCACUCUCUAGUUGGUGAUAGGAUGGUUCAGUUGCUUGAUAACCAUUGGAAAGAGCUGUCCCUGAAUCUGGAGGUGUGCACUGACACUUCUGUGCCGUUCACCUGAUGAGAGAGGGGAGAAGAGGGCGUGACCUGGGUGAAACAUGUCCUUCACACUAGAGGUGAUUCACAGAAACUAAUUAACCUACCAACUUCAAGUCUUUGGAAUUUGGGAGGAAAGCAGAGUGCAUGGAGAAAACGCACGCGGUCUCAGAGAGAACGGCCAAACUCCGUACAGACAUCACCCAUAGUCGGGAUCGAACCUGGGUCUCUGGCACUGUGAAGUAGCAACUCCAUCACUGCGCCACCGUGCCACCCCUAUGCUGCUUCUCUUUGCUUUGGCUGAAAUAAUAUCUGCUGAUGGUUUUGAAGAUAAAUGGCCAACCCUGCAUGACAUCGAGGUCCAAAAUGGGGAAAUGUUCCAAGUUGGAGUUAAUCUCAACUGUGAUGGGAAAUGCCAGACUUUAACACCUCUCCCCACCUCUCCCCUCCUUCUAAGGUCUCUUGCUAGUUUGUGUUGAAGCCACCCAUCUCCAGAAACAUCCUGCAUGGAGUCUAGGAAGAGUUAAGACUUUCACUAAGGGACAGGACUGAAGAAAAGUUCAUGUUCAUUAGUUAUAGGAGCAGAAUUAGGCCACUCGGCCCAUCUACUCUGCCACUCAAUCAUGGCAGAUUAAAACUAGGAAGGGACUAAUUCACUGAGUAACUGUAAAUGCCAAUAUACCACUGAUGGCCUGGUUCAUUUUUUAAACUGGAAAGAGCGUGUGUUGUUAUCAUUAAAUUCAUAUGAAGAGUCAUUUUUUGAUUGAUUGAAAAAUAGAGCAUGGAAACAGGCCCUUCAGCUCAUCAACUCCAUGCUGGCCAUGGAUCAGCCGUUCACACUAGUUCUAUGUCAUCACACUUUUUACAUCCACCUCCUACAAACUCGGGCCAAUUUAGCGAAGCUCGCAUGUGUUUGCCCAGGUCAACUUGGGAGACCUAGAGUGUUUCCUCCUUUAGUUAUUUCAGAGAUACAGCGUGGAAACAGGCCCUUCGGUCGACUGUGUCCGCACUGACCAGCGAUGCCCAUACACUAACACCGUCCUAUACACUAGGGACGUCUAUCCUACACCCCGCACAUCAUUCGGAUGAAGGGGAAUCCGGAGCAAUCGGAGGAAACCCACUCGGUCACUAGGAGAACAUGCAAACUCCACUCAGAAAGCACCCGAGAUCGGGAUCGAACCUGGGUCUCUGGUGCUAUGAAGCAGCAGCUGUGCCACUGUGCCACCUUUUUUUUACUCUGAGCUUUCACUGUCCAUAAAUGCAUUAUAUGUCUCGUAUCUUAUUCAUUGCAGGCUAUGGAGUCUGAACUAAAACAGAUGAGAAGCUUGACGUCACAGGCAGACACUGGUUCCCAAUCUUCAUCCCAAUGCACCACGAAACCAAAUACCUGCUGCCUCUGCUGGUGCUGCUGCUGCUCCUGCCUAACUAUGAAGAAUGUGGAUGUGGAUGUGGAUGUGGAUGAGAGCAGUCAAAAGGGUUCCAUCAUUUCCAUGAAGACGGAAAGUGUUCAGAAACAAGAAGAAAGAAAGAGUCCAAGUGUGGAAGAGGUCACUUCCUGGUCCCAGUCCUUUCAACUCCUCCUGCAGGAUCCCAAUGGGAGGAAAAUUCUAUUGGAAUUCCUAAAGAGCGAACAUAGUGAUGAAAACAUUCUUUUCUGGCUGGCCUGUGAAGAACUCAAGAAGGAAGGUUGCAGAGGCCCCAUUAUGGAAAAAGCAAAAUCAAUAUAUUUUGAUUAUAUCUCCGUCCUGUCUCCAAAGGAGAUCAGCAUCGAUGCCAGUGUUCGAGAAGCAAUCAACAAAAAAAUGUCAAUACCAACAACAGACAUCUUUGAUGAAGCACAGACGCAUGUGUACGCACUGAUGCACAGGGACUGUUACCCUCGGUUCCUGCAGUCACCGGUAUACAAAUCGCUUCUGGAGGAAUUAUCUUCCUCAGAGAAUGCACUGGAAUCCGACCUGUGACAUUCACUUUGACAAUGCAUCGAACACCAAACGACAGGGCUAACUUCCUGACCUCAACUAAGGAAUUUGAGGAAUGAAACGCUCAGGUCUCUUGUGGGGACCUGUCUCACUGCCUCUGUUUUGAAAGAGGGACAGCAGCACUUCGCACCAAAACCUCCACCUUUGCCUUGCUGAAUUACAGAAAGAGCUUGAAUUUUUCAUCUUCAGAAUCAGAAUCACACUUUAUUCGCCAAGCAUGUUUGGCAACAUACGAGGAAUUUCACUGGCCAGGUCAGUCAUACAAUUAAAAGCAACAGAUCACUCAAAAAACACAUUUGAACAUGAACAUCCACCACAGUGACUCCUACACACUCCUCACUGUGAUGGAAGGCAAAAUAAAGUUCAAGUCUCGUCCUUUUGUUCUUCCUCGAGAAUCAAUAAUCGAAAAAAGUCCUGGAAAGGCGGCUGAUAAAAUUAGUUUCACUGUUUUACAUUGAAUACUGGGUUAUAAGGUCAUAAGGAAUAAGAGUAGAAUUAUGCCAUUUGGCCCAUCAAGUCUACUCCGUCAUUUGAUCAUGGCUGAUCUAUCUCUCCCACCUAGCCCCAUUCUCCUGCCUUCUUCCUAUAACCUCUGACACCUGUACUAAUCAAGAAUCUAUCUAUCUCUGCCUUAAAAAUAUCCAUUGACUUGUUUCAAUGAGGUCCCCCCACAUUCUUCUAAGUACAGGCUCAGUGUCGACAAAUGUUCAUCACAGGUUAAGCUCCUCAUUCCUGGGAUUGGGUUGGCAGAGUGAUUUACUACAUCAACCAUCUACUUUGCUGUAGGAAUGUAGCUUUCAAAAUGCGGACAUUGUGUGCCGUCUGCCGACUGGUUCCUGUUGCUUGUGGGAACGUGAUGGACAAGAAAGAUCCUCGGCACAUGUGACAAUAAACUAAACUCAAACUCAAGAGAGUGACAGAUCCGAGAAGAUAGAGGAAAAUCAUAGUCCACUCAAUAUCCCAGGCACAAUGUGUGACUUUGAAUGUACAAGAUUUAUCUGUUGUCAAUAGGCAAUUGAACUUGCAAUAUGAAUGUGUGGAGAGGCUUGAAGUUAAGUUGUCUAUUCUGCAUAUUCCAACCCGAGUCUCGGGCCUAAGCAAAGGGCCUGUCCCACUGUACGAGGUAAUUCAAGAGUUCUCCCGAGUUUCCCCUGAUUCGAACUCGGAGAAUUACGGUAAUAGCCGCUUGUAGAUACUCGUGGCUCUCGUGGACAUUUUUCAACAUGUUGAAAAAACUUCACAAGCUUACCGCGUUUCCCAAGUACCUGCCGUUAGCGUUACGAGCCGCUAAGAGACGUCCCGAGCCCCAACGUACCCGCUAUGUACAUUCUACGUACUUGAGAGGGAUAGACAGAGUUGACGUGGAAAAGCUUUUCCCACUGAGAGGAGGGAAGAUGCAAACAAGGGGACAUGACUUGAGAAUUAAGGGGCAGAAGUUUAGGGGUAACAUGAGGGGGAACUUCUUUACUCAGAGAGUGGUAGCUGUGUGGAAUGAGCUUCCAGUGAAGGUGGUGGAGGCAGGUUCGUUUUUAUCAUUUAAAAAUAAAUUGGAUAGUUAUAUGGACGAGAAAGGAAUGGAGGGUUAUGGUCUGAGCGCAGGUAUAUGGGACUAGGGGAGAAUACGUGUUCGGCACGGACUAGAAGGGUCGAGAUGGCCUGUUUCCGUGCUGUAAUUGUUAUAUGGUUAUAUGGUUACAUGGUUACCACAAGUUUGAUUUAUUUUUUUUACUCGGGAGAGCUCUUGGGCAAACUCGUGUAGUGGGACAGAGACAAGAGGGAGGUUACAGCCAGGUGCAUGGGUGCUGAAGGCAGGGUGUGUUCUCACAGUUUGUGGUCUGAGCACAGUGGUGUCUAUGAAGGUAGGCUUCAACUUCCAGUCCUUCCUUCCCCCUCGCUUGUCACUCGUCCCAUCCGCUGUUUUACUCUUCAAUGCAACAGGUGAUAAUAAGCUAUGGUAUGGCAUGGUACUUUAAUAAAGUAUGUACCGAGAUUCAUUUUUGUACACAGUUCACUAUGUAUCACAAUACACUUGGAUACAUCUUAGAUAAGCAUCACAGAUACAACACCAGUGCUGCCUCGUCAUGCUAAAGGGCAGUGAGUCCAUUACUGGAACAUACAGGAGGAAGACA